ACGGAGAGCAGGACAGUGCAGUGCAAACAUGGACAUCUCGCCGUUUGCUGCCCUGCUUUUGGUUGCUCUCCUCUCCCUGCUCCUCCUCUUCGGCAGCAAGGGGAAGAAGGGUGGUUCUCCGUCCAGCGGGGACGAUGGUCGGCGACUGCCUCCGUCGCCGCCGGGGCUUCCCCUCCUCGGCCACCUUCCCCUUCUUGGCUCCCUACCGCAUCGUAAGCUCCAAGCGAUGGCCGCCAAGCACGGCCCGGUGAUGCUCCUGCACAUGGGCCGCGUGCCCACCGUGGUGGCCUCCUCGGCGGCUGCGGCGCAGGAGGUCAUGAAGACCCACGACCUGGCCUUCGCGAGCCGCCCGAGGGUGCGCAUGGCGGAGCGCCUCCUCUCCGACUACGACAUGGCCUUCGCCCCCUACGGCGAGCUCUGGCGCCAGUCGCGCCGCGUCAGCGUGCUCCACCUCCUCAGCCAGCGCCGCGUCCGCUCCUUCCGGCACAUCCGGGAGCAGGAGGCCGCCGCCAUGGCCGGCCGCGUCCGCCGCGCCGGCGCCGGCGCAGCCGUGAACCUCAACGCCGUCCUCAUCUCCUACACCAACGGCGUCAUCUCCCGCGCCGUGUUCGGCGACGACGGGAGCUACGAGCUGGACGGCGGCGAGAAGCUCGCGAAGCUGUUCAGCGACUUCGAGGAGCUGCUCGGGAUGGCGACCCUGGGGGAGUUCGUGCCGUGGCUGGCGUGGGUGGACACGCUCAUGGGGCUGGAGGCCAAGGCGAGGCGCACGUCCCAGGAGAUGGGCGCCUUGCUGGAGCGGGUCAUCGCCGACCACCGGCGGAGGCGCGGUGGCCAGCGGCGGGAGGGCGACGGCCACCGGGACUUUGUGGACGUGCUGCUGGACGUGAACGAAGCGGAGGAGCACGCCGGCGGCGGCGGCGGCGGCGGAGUCCCGUUUGACAACGAAGCCAUCAAGGCCAUGAUCCUGCUCAUGUUCACCGCCGCCACCGACACGACCUACACCACGCUGGUAUGGGCCAUGGCGGAGCUGAUCAACCACCCACACGAGAUGCGCCGGGUGCAGGACGAGAUCCGCGCCGUGGUCGCCGGCGGCGACCACAUCACCGAGGAGCACCUGGAGAAGCUGCGCUACCUCAAGCACGUGAUCAAGGAGACGCUCCGGCUGCACGCGCCGCUGCCGCUGCUGCUGCCCCACGCGACGACGGAGGACACCCAGCUGCUGGGCUACCGUGUUCCGGCGCGCACCCGGGUCAUCGUCAACGCCUGGGCCAUCGCGCGCGACCCCGCCGCGUGGGAGCGCGCCGACGAGUUCGUGCCGGAGCGGUUCGCCGGCGACGACCUCACGACGGACUACAUGAUGUCCGCGCAGGACUUCAGGUUCGUGCCGUUCGGCGGCGGGAGGAGGGGCUGCCCGGGGGUCGGCUUCGCCGUGCCGUCCAUGGAGCUGGCGCUGGCGACCCUGCUCUACCACUUCGACUGGGAGCUGCCGGCCGGCGGGCCGUCCAAGCUGGAGAUGGACGAGAUGAACGGGCUGUCCGUGCGGCUCAAGGCGACGCUGCAUUUGGUCGCAAAGCCAUGGUCUUGUCCCUGAUCGAUCGAAUGCAUCGACGGACGUUCAGACAUCGGCGAUCACUACUCUGGUUUCUCUGUACCAAUAAGCAUACGCAUAUAUGCCAGCUUCGACGGCUAGCCGACGAUGGCUUUCUAUCCUAUAUAGCUCGCGACUUGUUGUAAGAUGCUACUACUGCGCGCAACGUACCUGUCAAUAAUCAGCUAUGGGCGAUCAUACGUCGAUCGAACCCAUUGCUAUGGUGAACCUGUCUGCUAUUCUCUGGAUCUGGAAGCAUCAUGUUCAUUUCAGUGUA